CUUAGUGACGAUCGUUAUAGUGAAUUUCGUGGUUCAAGAAUGCCAGAAAAGAAGUCAGACAGGCAGCUCUUUCCUUAAUCCCGACUUCCAGACAUUCACAAUGGACAAGUUUCUAAAUGAUAUGGAAGGAGAGAAGCCCAUCAGGUUCACUUCUCAACAUCUUCGGAUUGCAACUGAUAACUUCACCAACUUGUUGGGGCAAGGAGGAUUUGGUGCAGUUUAUAAAGGGAUAUUUAGUAAUGGAACCCUUGUAGCAGUGAAGGUUCUAAAUGGGAGCUCAGACAAGAGAAUCGAGGAACAAUUUAUGGCGGAAGUUAGUACAAUUGGAAGAAUUCACCAUUUCAAUCUGGUCCGUCUUUAUGGCUUCUGCUUUGAGAAACACCUCAGAGCACUUGUUUAUGAGUACAUGGGAAAUGGAUCGCUUGACAAGUUCUUAUUUCAUAGCAACAAGGACUUAGGAUUUGAAAAGCUUCAUGAAAUUGCGGUGGGGACAGCGAGAGGGAUUGCUUACUUGCAUGAAGAAUGCGAACAACGAAUAGUCCAUUACGAUAUAAAGCCUGGAAACAUUCUUUUGGAUGCAAAUUUCUUUCCAAAAGUAGCUGAUUUUGGUUUGGCCAAGCUCUGUAACAGGGAUAAUACUCAUAUAACCAUGACUGGGGGCAGAGGCACUCCUGGUUAUGCUGCACCGGAAGUUUGGAUGAGGUUUUCUGUAACACACAAAUGUGAUGUUUACAGCUUUGGGAUGCUAUUGUUUGAGAUCAUAGGCAGGAGAAGGAAUCUUGACAAUAAUAUUCAAGACAGCCAAGACUGGUUCCCAAGGUGGGUUUGGAAGAAGUUUGAGCCUGGAGAACUAGAAGAGAUAAUGGUAGUUUGCGGAAUAGAGGAGAAAGAUAAAGAGAGGGCUGAGAGAAUUGUAAAGGUUGCUAUUUGGUGUGUCCAGUAUAUUCCUGAGGCAAGGCCUGCGAUGAGUGUUGUGGUGAAAAUGUUGGAAGGAGCUAUUGAGAUUCCUAGACCUUCAACUAACCCGUUUCAGCACUUGAUGUCGGAUACUUCAUACCCAACUGCACCUGUCUAUGAUACUUCAAAUGGAACAUAUGGCACUAGCGCUUUCGGUUCGGAUCCCUCACGAACGGUAACUGGAUAUAGUGUUGUGCAUGGAACUCCUAUCAUGAGGAAAUAUGAGAUUGAAAUAGCGUCUACCCAGGAAAGCUGA